UUGCCUUUGAUUUUAUAGCGUACUGUCAUUGCGUUAGCGUGUAGAAACACGAAGCACUGAAAGUUAUUAGAAACAGUGUAAACUUAAAAAGUUAUUUAGUAAUUCAUUAAUAAAAAUGCAGGGAGUUUCGAGUUUAGUGAAAACAACAAUUCCAGACUACUUGUCCAACUUGCCAAUUCCCGAUUCAUUCACCGGUUGGUUCAAAUUGUCAUUUAAGGAUUGGUUGGCGCUCGUUCCACCCACUGCCGUUGUUGCUGGCCUUGGUUACGUUUCAUAUUUAGCAUUUUGUCCAGCGGCGCGAAAGGGCUGCAGCGGUUCGGGCCGCUGUAAUCAAUCUAUACGCAAAUCGGAAGCGAAGGUGGUAGACAUGAUUGACAUUGAAAAUAUCGCCGAAAAGGCAGCUUUUUGUCGGUGCUGGAAAACUAAGAACUGGCCUUAUUGUGAUGGCAGUCAUGGUGAACAUAACAAACAAACUGGAGAUAACGUUGGACCCGUUGUUUUACAAAGAAAAAAGUAAGCUAGAGUUCCGUUCGCUGCUUUCGACGAUAGCGGCAAUCCACUGUUGUUGGUAUCAUUGUGCCAACCGAUACGAUGACAAAAUAUACGGAUAUAUAGAGCAUUACAAUAAUACGUUAUUGAAUUUGAUAUUAACAGUUGGUUUAUUAUUUUGAUUUAUCUCACUAAAAGCAUUUUUUGAGCAGUAAAAUUAUACCGAUCCGUUAUAUGUCAAAUGACUUCCCUGAAAUGAAAAAUACUUUAAUAUUUGCUUUGGAAGCAUGUUAAGCGAGCUAAAGUUAAUCUAUAAUAUUGAUGAUAUGUGCUACUUAUACAAUAAAUUGUAAACAAAUUAAAAAA